AUGGCCUCCGAGUCGAUCCAAGUGAAAUGGUAUCGAUCAACCUUCUUCAACAUUACAAUCCUCGGGCUAUGCAACUUUGCAGCGCCCGGCAUAUGGGGUGCCAUGAACUCCCUGGGCGCCGGAGGAGCCCAGAAGCCGUACCUGGUUAACACGGCCAACGCGCUGACCUUUUGUCUCAUGGUGGUCUCUUGUCUCUUUUCCAGUGCCUUGGUCCGCCUGAUUGGUAUCAAGGGCGCCUUGAUCUUUGGAACCAUCGGAUAUGCACCGUACGCCGCGGGCCUGUACACCAACAACCGCUUCGGCAUUGAAUGGUUCACGAUUCUCGGGGCCGCGCUGUGCGGCAUCUCGGCCGGCGUCUUCUGGAUGGCCGAGGCCGCCAUCGCCAUCGCCUACCCGGAGCCGUGGAACAAGGGCAAGGCGCUCGGCUACUGGCUCACGUUUCGCGUCAGCGGGCAGAUCCUGGGCGGCGCCAUCAACCUGGGCCUCAACGCGUCGCGCAGCGAGGCCGGAAAGGUGUCGCACACGGUGUACCUCGUCUUCAUCGCCCUGCAGUGCCUCGCGCCCGUGGCCGCGCUCUUCCUGACGAGGCCGGAAAAGCUGCAGCGUCAGGACGGGAAAAAGGUCGAGCUCGGCAUCUUCAACAAUCCUUGGUUCGAGAUCAAAGCGACCGUCAAACUCUUCUUUUCUCCAAAGUUCUUGCUUCUGUUGCUGCUGAUUGGACAGGCUGUAUUUGCGGAAGCUGUGUUUUUUACCUACCUCUCGUGUAUUGUCGCUGCGAUUGGCGGCAACCUCCUCGGGUAUUGGCUUGACAGGACCGACAUCCCACUCAAAUUGAGAGCCAGAUCUAGUUUCUGGACUAUCCUUACUCUGCAAGGAGCAUGGUGGACUUGGGCGACGGUGCUUUCGACACAGUAUCGCCGCACGCAGCCGACCUACGACUGGACAAGCUCUGGCUUCGGAGCCGGCUUCGCCGUCUAUAUUUUCCUACUACUCGGCUUUCAGUUGAACUACAUGUUUCUGUACUUUAUUAUCCAAAAUUUGGCGGAGAAUCAAGAGCAGGUUAUUCGCUACUCGGCCUUGCUCCGUGGCACUGAAUCUGCCUGGCAGGCAGUAAGCUACGGCUUGGGCGCCAUCGAGGUCAUGGCACAGGUGGGAAGCAUCUACUUGAAUUUCGGUCUCUGGGCAGCUUCGAUUAUCCCGGCUUGGUUCGUUUUGCGCCACAUUGGUGUGACAAAGGCGGGCGACAGUGACGAUUCCGAGCAGGUGAGCAUCAGCGAGCCUGGUGACGUCAAGGUUGCUGGAGAUGUGGCUGUUGAUCGUGUAUAA